GGGGCGGGGAGGGCGGCGCGCCCCGCGGAGGCCUGGGGGCGCUUUCCUACACCUUGCGUCUCUGCUGCGGUCCCUCUAUCUGUGCGCAGUAGCCAUUCUCACGUGUGCAAAAGCGUGGUGUGUGUGUGUGUGUGUGUGUGUGUGUGUGUGUGUGUGUGUGUGUAAAGGUACAGCUUGAGACCAUGAGACCAUGUUGUGCCCCAGGCUGGACAGGCCCGAUGUUCUUAGGGGGCGUCGGCCAGCCUGGUAGUGACCGCGUUUCUUUCCCUUCCAGCCUUUCUCCCCAGACCUAUCCUCUGGCUUUCUUGGAUCCUUGGUACCUCUAGCUGUCCCCUUCUUCUCGCCAUCCUUGCUAGGGCAAAAGAAAUCAGUGCUUUCCCAUGGAGGUGCUGCUUCAUUCCCAAUCACUGAGCCCUUGACAUUUAGAAGGGCUCUGGGCACACUGGUUUAGGCACACAGCAGACCGCUAAUCCUAUUAAAGAUAUUGUGUCAUGGGGAGGGGGGUAGCCAAGCAGGCCUUGAGCCCAUUGGUCGGAUGCAAAGCAGGGGGCGGGGCUCAGAGCCAGGGGGAAGGGGCUCUAGGCGAUUUCAGAGUCCAGAGUCAGGGCUGGGAUUUCGCCGGGCAAGCCCAGCGGUUGCAGCUGCGGCGGAUCCCGAGGCUCUGCCCGUGGUGCACCCGGGCAGCCUAGGGCCGUCAGCGGCUCCGCAAAGUCGCGGAGCAAGGGAGGUCGAGAGCCCGCAAAGUGGUGGGGCUCCGGGCUGGGUCUGGGCUAGAAGAGGCGUGCCUGCGGAGCCUGGAUCCCGGCGCCCUUCGGCCUCGAGUGCAGCGACCGGUUGACGGUGCAGCCGCCUGGGGAAGAGCAGUCAAAUUGCAGCCUCCCCAAAGAAGCUUAGUUACGCAGGCGAACCGGCGGCUCCCUGAAGCGUGCUUAGAGCCGUGUCGCAGAGCCCUCCCGGGCCAGCGGGCUAAGGCUGGGAUCCCGGCGCCGUCCCAGAGGCAGUGGACCCCUGGCAGCGGGUUGCUCCGCUAGUGCUCUCCGGUGCAGAGAAGGGGCGUGCAAAGCUCCAACGGUCGGCCCGCUCAGAACCCGUGCCCGACCCGGGUGCCCCCUCUGUCCCACUCUGGGAGCAAUGCCCCCCGCCCCUCGUGCCCCCCGGGAACGACGCGAGCAUGGAGAAGUCGAGUAGUGAGGAUUCUUCGAUCCACCGGAGUCCAUCUUUGGACAGCAAGGACUCGGACUUUGCCAAGCCGUCCACCUCUGGCCGCCCGUUCGGCCGUGGCUUCACGGCUGGCGCCUUCUACGGCACCGCGGGUUCUCGGGGUCAGAGCCACACGGAGGCCGGCGUUAAGACUGACAAGUACAAUGCACCCAAAGGCAGCAAGUACGUGGUGUUUUACCUGGACCUGUCCUUUGUGUUCCUCCUAGAAUUUAAGAAGUGCAACAUGGCCAGGGGCUGCCUCUGCUGCUUGAAGUACAUGAUGUUCCUCUUCAAUUUGAUAUUCUGGCUCUGUGGCUGCGGGCUGCUUGGAGUGGGCAUCUGGCUCUCCGUGUCCCAAGGCAACUUUGCCACCUUCUCCCCGAGUUUCCCUUCGCUGUCUGCAGCCAACCUCGUCAUCGCCAUAGGCACCAUUGUCAUGGUGACAGGCUUCCUGGGCUGCCUUGGGGCCAUCAAGGAAAACAAGUGUUUGCUCCUCAGUUUCUUCAUCGUGCUGUUGGUCAUUCUCCUGGCAGAGUUGAUCCUGCUCAUCCUCUUCUUUGUCUACAUGGACAAGGUGAACGAGAAUGCCAAGCAGGACCUGAAAGAAGGGCUGCUGCUGUACAACACCGAGAACAACGUGGGGCUCAAGAAUGCCUGGAAUAUCAUCCAGGCUGAGAUGCGGUGUUGUGGAGUCACCGACUACACAGACUGGUACCCAGUGCUGGGGGAGAACAUAGUUCCUGACCGCUGCUGCAUGGAGAACUCCCAGGGUUGUGGGCACAACACCACCACCCCCUUGUGGAGAACGGGCUGCUAUGAGAAGGUGAAGCUGUGGUUCGAUGACAACAAGCACGUGCUGGGUACAGUGGGGAUGUGCAUCCUUAUCAUGCAGAUCCUGGGAAUGGCUUUUUCCAUGACUCUGUUCCAGCACAUCCACCGGACGGGUAAAAAGUAUGAUGCCUGAGCGUUUGGCAGCGCCUGGCCCCACCCGGACACUGUACGUGCCAGGGGAGAGGACCUGAAUCUGUGUCUCCUGUCUGCCCUCCGAUGGCCACCCUGCUCCAUCAGCCAGCCUGCCCUCCCCUGCCCACAUCCUUGACCUUGGACCUUUUGGAGGGCAGAGGCCCAGGGAGGAGGCAUCAUGCAGAGACCUCAGGGCUUGGGCGCCUGGAUUCCUGUACCUGCAUAUUUGCCAAAGACACCAGGGUGGGCAGGGUGUCAAAGAGGAAGCCCCUGCAUUGAUGGGCUUCUGCCCCUGCCCUUCCUCACGCUGACACUUGUCCCUGUGUGGGGUGGAGAGUCUGCCCCACCAAGGCCACUGCCGUCCAUGGCUGCCCAGCCAGAGAGCCGGCCAGGGUGCAGUGUGGCACCACCAGGUUGGGCCCCCUGGAGCACCCUGCCUGGGUUUUUAUACUAUAGUGUAACUUUUUUAUUUUACUCUGAUUAUGAUUAUUCAGGAAUAUUAUCUCUCAGAUAAGUUUAGGAUUAGCUUUCUGAUUUAUAACUUUUUACUGUGUUGAUUUCCAUAACGGUUUGAGUUUCCUUUUCCUGUGGGUGGGGAUGGGUAGGGAGAAAGGACCCCCAUCCACUUUCAGUGAGGACACAUCACUGUGCAACACUCAUGAGGCUCUAGGGUGAGAAGUGCCAGGUUUUCCCUCCCAGAACUCACCUCAAAGAGAGGGUGCAGCCAUGAUACCCAGGCCUGGCAACCAUGGGUAGGGCCAGAAGAGACAGGUGUGAUAUAAAGCAUGGUGGGACAUCCUACUCAGGAGUGAUGGGGUGGUGCCUGAGCUGGGGGGGUCACAUCUGUAGGGGAUGCUUAGGACGGGGUAGUGAAAUGCUUUGCUGGGGGGCGGCAAUCCGACCAGUUUGUGUCAUUUCCCUCCUCCUCUCUCAGUCCUCUGCAGGCUUCCUUCCUGACCCACAUGCAUCCUGCAUCCCAGAUGGUCACUCUCACACAUUCCUGCUACGGAUUCCUCUGGUUCAGAUCCCACUCUGCCCACCCUGUUCUGGGCAGAGGAAGCUGACGUGUUCAGCUUCCCAGACUGAAACAGAGUCUCAGGACUACCAGGAGGGGAGGCAGAGUUGGCAUCUGUGGUCAACCCCACCUGACUCACUCAGACUUCCCUACUGAGGGGAAGGGAAAGGGCCAUAGGUCUCAGGACCCUCCCUCCUUAGGAUCCAUUGCUGUCCACAUUGGGUGGCAGGCAUCACAUCCCACGUAACCUCAAAGACAAGACCCAGAACUCUGAGAAGUCAGGCUCACAUGGCCACAGCAGUACUGGGGAGAAGGCCCUCGUUUUGGACGCCCCGUGCCGGGCGGAGGAGAUGGAGGCAGGCCAUAUUCCCAGCUGUAGCCGCAGUUCUGCCAGCACUGAUACCCAGUUUGCCCUUCCGUGAGCAGAGUAAAGGCAAGGCUGUGGGACUGGCCCAGCAGCCGUCUGGGAUCCAGAGUGCCACGGGCUUCAUGUGGCAGCUGCUUUCCCCCUGCCAUUUGACUCCUUACCACUCUUUCCCACCGGGCCAGGUCUUCCCCCACCUAGCCACACCACCCAGCCAACCGAUAGCCUCUCUGACUUCCUUGAAUAACAGACAAGGCAGGGCAGGGAUGGGGAACUUUCAGUGCGUCCAGGGUUCACGUUUUGGGGGUGAGAGAGGAUACCAGGGGGCUCUAAGCAACUUGGACAGAGUUGGCCAGUUCCAGGAGAUGGACCUGUGUUAUUAGGGGAACAACAGCCACCUCCCUGGGGACCCCAGGAUACAGAGUUCAGGUAGACCCAUUCAACAAUCGGAAGGAAAAAAUGUGGCGCCUGCUGCAUAACAGGUUUGUGUGGGCGGAGUGGGCGGGUUUGUUUGUACCUAUCAGUGGGAUUUUUAACUUCCAUUAAUAUCAACAGUACAUCUCCCGGGACACCGGGAAGGAUUUAGCCUCCCUGCCACCUCAGGUCUCUAGAGUGCUUCAGGGUGGUGCUAGUCCCCAGAGGAGCCGCAGCCGAAGUUCCCCACCCUCAGCAGCCCCACCUCAGCUGUCUGUUCAGCAGAGCCAGACCACAAGUCCCAAACUGCCUUCUUGCUUUAGCUGGGUGUGGCUGUGCGGUCAUCUGCAGAGUCUACAUGGGACAGAGGUCUCCAUGCACAGGGUGGGUGUCCUGAACCCCUUGCCUGUCUCGGGGAAUGGCCCCCAUACACUAGACGGCCACACCAGGUGAGGCCAGCUCUGAUCCUCUUGGCUGUGAGUUCACUGAGGACAAUCCCGCCAUGAGACCUCCCUCACCUGCUCUUGCCUUGCCUGAGGCAAAGCUGUUUCCACUAGGUCCCCCACGAGCAGUCUGCAGACCAGACUCGGAAAGUCCUCUUGGUUUGCAGGUGACUUCAAGGAAAUGCCCGGCGUAGCUGUGGCGUUUCUCCACAGCCGGCUAGCAGAGGGCCUCAGUGGGCAGGGUCUGGAAACGGCUCUCAGGUGCCUGACAGGUGUCAAGGCGCAAGUCUCCUUGUGCCUCUGCUCUUGGAGCUCGGACAGUGUCAUCCUGUCUCUGGGCCAGUCUGGGCCAGCACCUCAGCUCUCCCCCUCGCACGUGUUCUGGCCUAACUUAGAACUGAGUGGCUAAGCCUCCAGGCACUUGAAGUGGAUGGAAUUGUUGCCCCCUUCUCUGGCCCCCUGCCCACCCGCUGGUGGAGGUGCUAAAGCAGGACAUGGCACAGGAAGGGGAGCCGGGUGCCAGGUGCUCGGGGUCUGUUCCGUGCCCCUCAGCCCCUUGGUCCGGGGUCCCCUCCCAUGUUCCUGUUCUCUCAUUUCCCUUCCCUCCUCCAUGAUGGUGGGGUCCUGGCCUCCUCUCCCUCAGUGGGCAUUCGGAGGAGUCCGGCCUUUGGGCCUCCACAUGCCUUGCUGUCCCCGGGUGGCCAGAGAGCCAGGAGUGCACGCUUAUUGGUUUCGAAUGCACUUUCUGCUUGCAAUGCCUUGUCCGCAUCUCCUACAUCCCAGGCCCUGCUUUACCGAACACCAUGUUUUUAGCAUGUUUUUAAAUAAAAACCAAUAAUGUGUCAAAAGCACAAGCAGACUGUUA